CGCGACGUGGAGAUCUCGCAGGUCACCAUCAUGGGCAUCAUCCGGCACGCCGAGAAGGCGCCCACCAACAUCCUCUACAAGGUGGACGACAUGACGGCCGCCCCCAUGGACGUCAGGCAGUGGGUUGACACCGAUGAGGCAGGUGGUGAGAAUGUUGUGGUACCUCCGGGAACUUAUGUAAAAGUAGCUGGUCAUCUUCGUUCUUUCCAGAAUAAGAAGAGCUUGGUGGCAUUUAAGAUCAUGCCUCUAGAAAACAUGAAUGAGUUUACCACCCACAUCCUAGAAAUCGUCAAUGCCCAUAUGAUCCUCAGAAAAAAUCUUAUGUCGGUGCCCAAAAUGCCGCAGUCGUUCCCCUCUGCGGGGCUGGGCGACGUGGGGGGCUACGGCGGCGGUGGCAGCCUGCCCGUGAACGGGCUCACGGCGCAUCAGAGCCAGGUGCUGAACUUGAUUAAGAACUGCCCUGUUGCAGAAGGAAUGAGUCUUCAAGAGCUAAAAUUUCAGCUCCACAAUAUCAGUAUGGCAACAAUCAAGCAAGCGGUUGAAUUCCUUAGCAGCGAGGGACAUAUCUACUCAACUGUCGAUGAUGAUCACUAUAAGUCUACAGAUGCCGAGUGA